UGCGGCAAUCGCAGCGGAGGCACGGGGAGAGAGUGACGGGCCAGCGGGGCAUGCCAACUCCCCCCCCCCACCACAACAACAACUCCGCGUGCCCGUGUCAGCAUCGAGAUGGCAUUGCUGACUUUAUUUCUCUCUUACCCUGCGUCCGUCGGCCUGCUGUGUGCACUCAUCUUCGUGAUCUCCUAUUUUUCCACCAGCUCUGGGAAAUCGGCUUUUAAAUGGCCCCCUGGUCCGAAGCCUCUUCCGAUCAUCGGCAACCUGCAUUUGCUAGACAUGAAGCGACAAGACAAAUCGUUACUGAAGUUUGCGAAGGAAUACGGCCCCGUGUUCACCCUCCACUUCGGAUUCCAGAAGGCCGUCGUCCUGACAGGUUACGAAGCCGUGAGGGACGCCUUGGUCAACUUCACGGAGGAAUUUGUGGACAGGCCGCCGAUACCCAUCUUUGAAGAGAUUCAGCAUGGCAACGGCGUUUUCUUUUCGACUGGAGAGCUGUGGAGGACCACCCGGAAGUUCACGGUGGCCAGCAUGCGCAACCUCGGAAUGGGGAAGAAAUCCCUCGAGGGACAGAUUAUCGAAGAGCUCGGUUUCCUUAUAGAGAGCAUUAAAGCUUUCGAAGGUGAGCCCUUUGGGCUCCGGACCUUCACGACAGCCCCCACGAACAUCACCUUUGCGAUGUUGUUCGGGGACAGGUUCGACUACAAAAGUCCGGUAUUCCUCACUCUGUUGAAGCUCAUCGAUGAAGUGAUGUGCCUUCUCGGGUCGCCCCUCCUGCAUCUGUUCAACUUCUACCCCUUCCUGGGUUUCUUCUUCGACGACCACAAGCGCUUGCUCCAAAAAGUCGAAGAGGUCCGCGUCAUUAUCCGGGAUUACGUCAAGACAAGCAAGAUAAACGCCCGCACCGACGGCCUCCGAAGCUACACGGAUGCGUUGGUCUUCAGGCAGAAGGAGGGGGCGAGGCAAAGAAAGGGGAGGCAGCUUUUCCACGACGAAAACCUGAUCGCGUCCAUUCUUGAUCUGGUGAUGGCCGGCACGGAGACCACCGCCACGACCCUGCAAUGGGCCGUCCUGCUCAUGAUGAGGUACCCCUCGAUUCAAGAAAAGGUCCAAGAGGAAAUUGGGAGUGUGGUGGGUCAGGGUUGCUGGGCCUCCUACGAAGACCGGAAGAAGCUACCUUACACCAAUGCCGUGAUCCACGAAAUCCAGAGGUUUAUUACUCUGCUGCCCCACGUGCCACGAUGCACGGCGGUGGACACCCAUUUCCGGGGCUACUUUAUCCCAAAGGGGACGACGGUGAUCCCGUCCCUCACUUCUGUGCUCCUGGAUCCAAGUCAGUGGGAGACCCCCCACGAGUUCAACCCCGGCCACUUCCUUGACUCCGAGGGGCAGUUUGUCCAGAAGGAAGCCUUCAUGCCUUACUCCCUGGGGCGCAGGAGUUGCAUGGGCGAGAGUCUGGCCAAGAUGGAGCUCUUCUUGUUCUUUGCCGGCUUGUUGCAGAGAUUCACUUUCCAGCCCCCUGUGGGUAUAGCUGCCUCGGACAUAGAUCUGAGCGUCCCCAAGACAACCUUCACUUUGAGACCCCGGCCGCAACUCACGUGCGCCGUCUCCAGGGAGUAAAACCGGCGCUGCCUUUGGACGUGGGGGGAAAGUACUCCGCUGGGGUCUUCCUACGGCCGAUCUCCCACCCUGUAGUAGUAAAGUCUGAGGAAGUGACCUUGAAUGACUCAGGACUGACCUUCGGCCCCUUGAUUACUGCUGCCCCCCAGUGGCUGGUUUGUACCACAGCAAGCAGUUUCUUCUGCCCAGUCCACAACUGAUUCUUGGCUGCCUUGGCCACGUGAACAAAAUCGCUACCGAUCUCCCAUUCAGUAACAAUCUCUGCAGCUUCCAAUAACAGAAAGAGGCCUCUCUCAGCGUCCAGCAGCUUGCCGACCGCGCAUUAUCAGAUAUCGCGCUACUGUUGCGUUUGAGUGCUUUUCCUUUGUGGAAGCAAAGGGCGUUGUUCACUAUCCAACAAUACGUGGAAACAGUAACUAUUGCUCAGUGUCCGAUUAUAUUCGGGUGGGUAGCUAUGCCGAAGCAGGAGAACAUGUUUUUGAGUCCAGAGGCAGCUUCAAGAAGAGUUUGGACUUAUACCCUGCCUUUCACUCCUGUAAGGAGACUCAAGGUGGCUUAGAAACCCCUCCCCUUCCUCUCCCCACACCUUGUGAAGUAGGUGGGGCUGAGAGAGUUUGGAGA